GAUGGUCAAGUUGACUCGCCCUGCAACAUGGACAGUAACGUGCUUUCACUGGAGAAUAGUAAACAAUCCACAAUUGAAUGAAGAAAAAUUUAUCAGCCGAGUCUGUCUUCAGAAAUAAUCUGCUGUCUGAUGCUUCGGCGUGAUUUUUUGCAACGCUUUGCGGUUCAUGCAUGUAAACGCAUGUACUGAUGGCUGAGGGCACUUGCUGGCACACAAAAGAGUCAAGUUAUUUCGAGUCGGUUUAAGCUGUGAUCAACUGAACAGUGAUGCUCUUUAGUGACAUCGCUGGUAUUCCUCUGCAAACAUAAUUUCGGAUCAGUUUGAAGUCUCCGCAUCGGUAUAAAUAAGCGCGGCUGUCAGAGAUGGACGGCAUUGGGAACAGCAUGCAGAAGAAGGCUGCUGAGCUGGAGCGCAUGGCCGAAGUCCUCGUUACUGGAGAACAGUUACGGCUGCGACUCCAUGAGAGUAAGGUGAUUAAAGACAGAAGGCAUCAUCUCCGUACCUACCCGAACUGCUUUGUGGCUAAGGAGAUUGUUGAUUGGCUAAUUGAGCACAAAGAAGCAUCCGACAGAGAUACUGCCAUCACGAUCAUGCAAAAACUUCUUGACCAGAGCAUCAUUCACCAUGUUUGCGAUGAACACAAGGAGUUCAAAGAUAUGAAGCUGUUCUACCGUUUCAGGAAGGAUGAUGGAACCUUUCCACUGGACAGUGAAGCCAAAGUUUUUAUGAGAGGCCAACGGAUAUAUGAGAAGUUGAUGAACACUGAAAACACUCUGCUGCAAACACGUGAAGAGGAGGGUGUGACGUAUGAGCGGACACUGGUGGCCUCAGAGUUUAUAGACUGGCUCCUGCAGGAAGGUGAAAUGCCCACCAGGGAGGAAACGGAGCGGUUGGGACGCAGACUGCUGGAGCAUGGCAUCAUUCAGCAUGUUUCUAACAAGCAUCAUUUUGUGGAUGGAGGACUACUUUACCAAUUCAGAAUGAAUUUCCGGCGGCGGCGGCGACUGAUGGAACUUUUGAAUGAGCGUUGUCGCAGCAUACCGGAGAACCAUGACAGCCCUUUCUGUCUGCGAAAACAGGGCUCUGAGGGGGGAAACACCAGCUUCCUUUCAGUAAGCCCCACUAAAGAGAUAAAGGUGGUGUCAGCAGUACGGCGGAGCAGUAUGAGCAGUAGUUGUGGCAGCAGCGGUUACUAUAGCAGCAGCCCCACACUCAGCAGCAGCCCUCCUGUGCUCUGCAACCCCAAGUCUGUGCUGAAGAGACAAGUGAGCCCAGAGGAACUUCAGGCUCCUGGUGGACCUUACAUAAAGAAGACAUUCACAAUUGUGGGAGAUGCAGUGGGCUGGGGAUUCGUGGUGAGAGGAAGUAAACCCUGCCACAUCCAGGCAGUGGAUCCCGGCGGACCUGCUGCAGCAGCGGGAAUGAAGGUGUGUCAGUUUGUGGUGGCAGUUAAUGGAAUGAAUGUGCUGAGUCUGGACUACCGAACUGUCAGCAACCUCAUCCUCACUGGUCCCAGAACAGUGGUCAUGGAGGUUAUGGAAGAAGGGGAAUACUGAAGACGAGCUCACAACCGCUCUAUAUGUUUUUCUGUUCUUCUUUUUCUCUGGACUUUCCUCAGUGAGUGUUUAAUGGAAUGUUCAGAGAAGUGAACUCCUGAUUCCGUUCAUCAUUUUGAUUCAAACUCAUUAGUUUAAAGAGCAUGACACUAAUCUGUGCCUCCCAUUGGUUCCUCGUUGACUGUUACCAUUCCAUGUCAGCUGAGAUUGUAACUGGACAGAUUAUAGGGGAAAAGCAGCUGCCAAAUAUUAUUUUUAGUAGAACUGCAGUAUUUAAAACACUCUUGGAAGGUAGGUUUGCAGAACCAAUGCCAAACUAAUACAUGUGUGCCAUUCAGGUGAGAGCGCAAUUCAAUGCUCUUUUUUGACUGUUUCCUCAUUCAGAGUUUAGGCUUUGACUUUUCAAGAGUAAAGGAAUACAACAUUGUGUCAGGUAUGUUUUUUUAACUUUGGUUAAUUGAUCGUAGUAGUGUGGUUAGUUUUAAAUAACUAUUUUAUAUCCCUGUCAUGCUUGCCGGGACUUAUAUAUAUAUUGAUAUCCAUCAAAAUGCAGGGGACAACCAACAACAGCACUUACAGACUUUCAAUGAAACUUAAGAGUGAAUGUUUAAAACGCUACGCAUAUCUGAAAGAUAUGCUGUUGUACUGUAACUCGUGUCUUUUUUAAAAAUAUGUCUUGUGAAAGUAGUUCAAAUUUCCCGUCUUUUGUCUAAAUGCCAUCAAAAAGGCAAGUAGUUACCUGUAACUUUAAUGUUAAUAUUAUAUGACAGCAUUAAAAAUAUUACUCAUAAAGUGUUACGGCAGAAACACACUCUAGGCAAGUACACGUACGCUCUUGCGUGGGUCUGGCGGAAACAAGCUGCAGUACUUAAGAGGGCGAUAGAGUUGCAUUAAAAUAUCUCUGACUUUAAACCAGAUGUGUUGUUAUUCAGGUAAGUUGCCAUUAAUUAAUGAAUAAGAAAGAAAAAGAAAUUGGCCGUAAAAAAAAAUAUAAUUUCCGCUCAUUUCCGUUUUGAGUUGAAUUAUGAAUUGCGGCGGUCUUGGUCAGGCCAAAGUCCCUUUCAAGGAAAAUAUGUUCACUCGGCAGCCAUAUUUGCAACGCCUCCGGGCAGCUAUUUCGGGCAUCCAAGACCAAGUCCUGUCUAUUUGAAUGGGGGAAUCCUGAAAUCUCAAAAACUGCUUGGCGAACUCCCAAUUAAAUAACAUAUUUCAUAUCAGCAACAAAAUCUGACAUGAACCGUCCCAUAAAUGUUGUUUCUUAUGCUAAAAUAGCAUUAAAAAGCUUAUUUUUUCAGGUUUCUAUGGGAACCGGAGCCUCUAACGGCAGCUGCAGUGAUGCAAUGACUUUAUCAAUCAGCGAUUGGCUCUUUUACUUAGAAGGCGGGACGUAUUCCGCCAUAUUGCGCGUUGCAGUUUCUCCCAUUCAUAACUAAUAGGAGUGAACAGCCUUUCUAUAUCUAUAGACUUUGGUCAGGCCCAGCUAACAAAAAAAUGCUCUUCAGAACGUUUUGCUACCGUUCUUAUUAAGUUAUGAAAAUAUUAUUUCUGAAUGUUCUCUAAACGUUCCAAGAAUGUUUUUGUGCUAACUUAAGAACCAAAAGACCAAAUAACUUAACAUUCUAUUAAUGUUUUUGUUCAAAACUUUGAGAGAACCUUGUCUGAACAUUAGACAAGUCUUGAGAACGUUCCCCUGUUCGCUGGGGAGACAUUUUAGACCACAACAACGAUGCGCCAGCUUUCACGUACUUGCAUAGAGUUGUUGUUUUUUUGGUCUUAUUGUUUUAACUGUAAGACUUACUGAAAUCAAAAAUCUAACUUAGAAUAGUCAUAGAAUAGUUGUGUGUUUAUAGAGCACAAUGCAAUAAUAAGACAGACUAUGAACUGACUCACCAAAUUUUAGUUUAAGAAAUACAUUUGUAAUACUAUACAAGGAUUUAUUAGGCAAAUGGGAAAUAUACAGUAGUGCAGUAUGUGCGAACUUCCGCAUGUGUAUUGCGAAGUAGUCAUCUGUGCAAUACUAACACAAUAUGAUAUAUCAUCUAUUAAAGGGUUAGUUCACCCAAAAAUGAAAAUAAUGUCAUUUAUUACUCACCCUCAUGCCGUUCCACACCUGUAAGACCUUCGUUAAUCUUCGGAACGCAAAUUAAGAUAUUUUUGUUGAAAUCUGAUGGCUCAGUGAGGCCUGCAUAGCCAGCAAUGACAUUUCCUCUCUCAAGAUCCAUUAAUGUACUAAAAACAUAUUUAAAUCAGUUCAUGUGAGUACAGUGGUUCAAUAUUAAUAUUAUAAAGUGACGAGAAUAUUUUUGGUGCGCCAAAAAAAAAAAAAAAAUUAACGACUUACAUAGUGAUGGCCGAUUUCAAAACACUGCUUCAUGAAGCUUCGGAGCAUUAUGAAUCUUUUGUGUCGAAUCAGCAGUUCGGAGCGCCAAAGUCACGUGAUUUCAGCAGUUUGACACGCAAUCUGAAUCAUGAUUCAGCACGCUGAUUCAUGACGCUCCGAAGCUUAAUGAAGCAGUGUUUUGAAAUCGGCCAUCACUAUAUAAGUCGUUUUUUUGGCACACCAAAAAUAUUCUUGUCGCUUUAUAAUAUUAAUAUUGAACCACUGUACUCACAUGAACUGAUUUAAAUAUGUUUUUAGUACAUUAAUGGAUCUUGAGAGAGGAAAUGUCAUUGCUGGCUAUGCAGGCCUCACUGAGCCAUCGGAUUUCAACAAAAAUAUCUUAAUUUGUGUUCCGAAGAUGAAUGAAGGUCUUACGGGUGUGGAACGGCAUUAAGGGUGAGUAAUAAAUGACAUUAUUUUCAUUUUUGGGUGAACUAACCCUUUAACCUAUGUGCCCAUCUUUCACACAUUCCUCACUGCAGAUACUACAUUUUUGCAGGAUGAUUAUUGUGCAAUUGUACUUAUUUGUAUUGAUGAGAAUGACAAUUACAUUCACAUGAUAAUCUUUUGUUUUAAUGGAAAGUUUUAAUCUUCUGCCUUAAUGACCUGUAUUGUGCUGCUAAUUCUCACGGCUGGUCACGCAACGUCUCUAAUUAUAAAGGAUAUACCACGUCCUCUAUUAAAGACAGUAGGCUAGGUGAUUUUGGGGGUGAUCAUGACAAUCAGCAUCAGGGUAGUCUGUUAAAUACUGGUCCAGAUAUGUGCAACAUAUUCCCCACUUAGGGGAAGUAUAAGCUAAUCUAAUAAUCGUAUAGUUAGUCUAUUCUGAAAUAGAACACAAUGUAGAGUUUUAUUCAAAACUCUUUGAGUUAAGUGUAACUGAGUUCAAUGCACGUGUCUGUACAAGGAAGUAAGCUCAUGGUACCAUAUUGCCUAUUUGUAUUUCUUCGUGCAGCUCUAAAUCAUGAUUAAUGUGUGUUUGAUUAAUGGCUUAUUAAACGCCUUGAUUUCAUUAAAAAAAAA